CGCCCCGAGCGCCGUCCCGGUGCUCUCCGUGAGUGCGGCGGCACGCCGCCAAGGCACCGACUAUCCGGUGUCUGUCGCCCUGCCGUGCGCGGAGCGGAGUGGCGGCCGGCACAUGGCGCGCUGCGGCGGCGGCGCAGCGCCGAAGGGCCCCGGCCCGGCGGCGGCGGAGCGGCAGCGGCUGAAGGAGGCGCUGGCCGAGCAGCUCCGGCAGGACCUCGACAGGCUGCUGGCGGAGGGGACCCACUCCGACGUGACCUUCCAAGUGGGCGACGAGGAGGUGCGGGUGCACCGGGCGGUGCUGCUGGCGCGGGCGCCGCUGCUCUGCGAACGUCUGGUGGGGAGGCGGCUGCAGCUGCACGGCCUGGAAGCCGCGGAGUUACGGCAAUUGCUGCGGAUUCUGUAUUCAUCUGAUAUAAAUCUUAAAGAAAUUGAGGAGCUGUUUAUGAUGAUAAUACAAGAAAGCAACACUACUACUCUUCACAACACUCAAAAAAAUGUAAAUUGUCUUGGACAAAGCAAAAGAACACCAGUUGAUCAGAAUAUACCAAGUGGAGCUGUGCAGAAAGGAAUUGUUUGUUUGGCUGGUAUUGAGGAAGAAAUUCCAGAAGCCGUCAUUGAUGCAGAAAGUGACAAAGCUGCUGCAGGUAAUUCCAAAGUAGAAACUGCAUCUGUGUUAGGAGAAGACUUAUUGAUGCUCUACAAGAAGUGCUGUUGCCCAGACAUUAAUAUUUGUGUAGAAGGCAAAAAUUUUCAAGCUCACAGGGCCAUUUUAUGUGCCAGAUCUAGUUACUUUGCUGCUAUGCUGAGUGGAAGUUGGGCUGAGAGCUCUCAAGAGCACAUCACUCUUCAAGGCAUAAGCCAUGCAGAAAUGAAUGUUGUCUUGCAUUCUAUAUAUGGAGCUAUUUUGGACUUCCCAGACAAAGUUGAUGUUGGUCACAUGUUGGGCAUUGCAGACAUGUAUGGGCUGGAUGGAUUAAAAGAAGUAGCUAUCUAUAUUUUGAAAAGAGAUUACUGCAAUUUUUUCCAAAAGCCUGUUCCUGGCAAACAGCAACCUGUACUAGAAUGCAUGGCUAUUGCUCAUUCAUUGGGAGUGGAAAACCUAUAUGCUGCUUGCAUGAAAUGGGUAGGAAAACAUUUUGCAAGAUGUUUUUCAGAGAAAAGCUUUGCCAAUUUACCUACUGAUCUUCAGAACAAUUGUCUUGUUAUGUUGAUUAACUCUUUGAACCACAAGAACGCUGCUCUCCGUCUGAUGGAGAGUGACCGGCUGAUCAAUAGCCUGCCCCGAGUGAAAUGGACAGAGACAGCUGUGGCCUUGGCAGCACGGCUACACGAGGAAUGUGUGACCUUUAUUGUUGCAAACUUCCUGCACGUAGUACAAAGUGAAGGCUUCUCUGUUUUGUUGCAGGCACAGGCAAUGAGCAGCAAACCUGACCUCCUAGAACUAAUUUUCAAUGCAAUUGAAAAAAGCAUUAAUAAUGAAAAUAGCUGCUUUCUUCUUGUAGCAGUGGAUAUGCUGCUGGACUCCGCAAAUGUGGAGGAGAUGGGUUUUACGUGCAAGAUCCAGGCGCUGCGUGAUAAGCUCUGGGUCUUCCUGGUUCAGUCUUUUUAUGCUGUUCGUCACACAGAAGGCUGGAAGCUGAUGAGGCCAGACCAUCAACAGAAAAUACAAGCAGCUGCAUUUGACAAGGGUGAUGACCGAAGACUUGGCAAAAAACCUGUAUUCACCAGUUCUCAGCUAAAUAAAAGUACAUCUGUUGGUAUAAGGAAUACUUCCUGGGCAGAACACCGCAAGAAAGAUUGCUGGGGAAAUUCUUCCACUAAUCAGGAUAAAAUGAAAUCUGAUGGAUUAGGAGCAUCUGGACAUGCAUCCACCAAUAGAAACACUGUUAAUAAGACUUCAAAGCAUGAGGAUGUAAAGGGGAAAGAUGGCAAAAAAUUAGUUUCCAAGAUUACUAAGGAUUCCAAACCUGGGGAAAAAGCUGCUUUGCCAAAGGCUAGAGCUGUUAUAAAGACAAAAAUAGAAAAUAAUGGAAAUGUGAAGGCUGAAAGCAUGCUUACCAAGCAAGAUAUAGAAAAGACAACAUCUGCAAGUGGACAAAAAAGUUCAGGAAGCAGCAAAGGACUAAGGAACCAUGAAGGAAAAGUUGCAGGUGCCAGACCUAAAGUGCUGACAGUAACCUCAAGCAUGCAGAACAAAACAAAGCCAUUGAAAAAAACCACAGGGAAGGAAUCUCCCUCCUUGGUGACUGUGGCAGCAACUUCCAGCAAGUCAGCAAAUUCAAACAUGGAUAUCCAGACUGUGGGUGAACAGACAGAGGAACCCAGAGAGGAUAAAUCAACAGAGGAAGGGAAAAAACAGACUGUAGUGAAAACAAAGGUAUCUGUGAAGGUAUCAAAUGGAGUCACCACCAAAAAAAAAAAGACUGAACUUGAGGCUAAUGCCACAGCAAGCAGUCUGACAAAAAAACCAACAGGAAAAGGGUGUAAUGAUCAAAAUGUACAGACUGUUCAGAAGAAAAAAGGGAAUGUGAAUAUGAGUUCUGCAGCACAGCAAAAGACUCAAAACACGCCUACCAAUUCUCCCAAGAACCAAGGACCUCAGGGGGAAUCACCAAAUUCACUGAAAUCAGGAAUGUCUCCAAAACAUAAUGAAGAAAAAAAUGUGUUACAAAACCUGGUUCAGACAACACUCCCAGAAAAGCAUCCUUCAGCUAAGAAGAAGAGUAUGAAACAAUCACAAACACCUGUAACAAAAGCCACUUCAAAAAUAACACCUAAGACUAUGGCUCCAUCUAAGAAUGCUGAGAUUACGAAUAGUAAAGACCCGAAACAGAAACCAGCUGUAUUAAAAUCUCAGUCCUCUGCCCAAAAGCACCCAAGGAGUGAUUCUCCUGUUGUCCAGAAGAAUGUGCACACCUCUGAGCACAGAGGUUCAGGACAGAAACUUGAGAAAAACACGACUGAUGCUAUGGCAGGUCAGCUUCAUGACAAUAAUGAAUGCUGUUCUGCAAAUGGAUCUUUAAAACCUGCCACAGAAAGUAGCAGUGACAAUAAAUUGCUGGAGUCCUGUCAAUCCAAUAAACAAAAAUUACCAGAUUCUUCUGAAACUGUGCAAUACAAAAUACAAUCCGAAUCUUCCCAAAUUGGAGAAGAAGCCGUUUAUAAACGGAAUGUUUCAAUACAAAAUGACAUAGAAACUAGACAAAUCUGUGGUGAUCAGACUGGAAUUAGAAAGAUUGAAGAUCCAGACAAAGAUGAUAAUACAGCUGAAUUUCACUGUCAUGCACAGUCUUCCAAUGAUGGAUAUUCAGACUUUUCCAAGAAAACCAAUCAAAAGGCUAUUGUUUUAGGAGAACUGGUGAAAGAUUCAAAAGCAGUAAAAGUCUGUAAUGAACAGAGUGAUAAAAUAAACUCUGAAACAGGUCGUAACUAUGGUGAAAGCGCUUUGUCAAACUUUUCCCAAGUAACCAAUAAAGAGGAUGAGAUAUCAUCUUCUCAGAUCCAUGUGGAAGGAUUUCUUACAGUUGAUGAACUGUGUGAUACAUCAGCCUUGACUGAAUAUAAAUCAGUUACAGCAGAUUUAGACGAUGCUUCAGAAUGUUCCACUGAACAAAUAACAGAAAAGUAUUCACCUAAUUACACAGAGCUCACAGAGCCUAUGGAAAUGCCAGAAAACCAUGAAAAUGCAGAAAUUCCCUUUGUGGGCCAUUGGAGUACUGGUGCUGUAGAUCCAAAAGAGAGCCCUGAAUCAGAUACUGGCAGUGCAACCACAUCCUCUGAUGACAUAAAACCAAGAUCAGAAGAUUACGAUGCUGGAGGCUCUCAGGACGAUGAGGGAUCCAAUGAAAGAGGGAUUUCUAAAUGCAGCACUAUGUUAUGUCAUGAUUUUCUUGGAAGAAGCAGCAGUGACACAAGUACACCUGAGGAAUUAAAAAUUUAUGAUAGCAGCCUAAGAAUAGAAGUGAAAAUGAAAAAAGAGGGUUCUGAUCUCUUUCGUGUUAAUUCAACAAGUGAUGAUGAAAUACCAAGAAAAAUUUGGUCCCAUCAAGAGAAUUCCCGGACCACGACUAGAGAAAGCAAAAGUUCUACUUUUGGUAAUGCUCAGUUUACUCAGGAAGCAGACCAAGUUUCUUCUUCUGCAGAUGAAACAGAAGAUGACAGAUCUGAAGCAGAGAACGUUGCAGAAAACUUUCCCCCAUCAAAUGUUCCUACUCAACAGUUCCAAGGAAUUGAUAAUUUAGCUUUUGAGGAUGCAACAGAAAAUGAUACUGCAAGUCAGGAGUUUUCUAAAACUAAAAAUUUCAAACGAUCUGUUUUACUUUCAGUAGAUGAAUGUGAAGAAUUGGGAGCCGACGAUAAAGCGGAAACUCACACUUCACGUCAGCACUCAACAGAGUCUCUUACUCCUUCAGAAGUAUUUGACAGUGUUUCUCAAGAGCACCAUGGAACUGCAUUUUAUUCAAGAUACUCAUUGGAAACUGAAGAGGGAUUCCUGGAUAGCAAACAGCAAAAGGAUAGAGACAAUAGAUCAGAUAAAAGUGGAAGUUCUGUCCUGCAUCUUCAGGGUACUGAAAUCCCAGGAAAGGAGAAUCAAGGUGCUUCAAUGACUGAACAAAACUGCUCAGAGAAAGUACAUUCAGCAGGUAGUCCACAUCCAGGAGAAAACCAGCAAGUAAAUAUGAAGAAUGAGGUGGCUACUGAAUUUCACCAGUGCAAUAAGUACUUAGACAAUGAUGCAAAAUCUCAAGAAAGACCAUGUCAUCUGGAUCUUCAGCAAAGAGAAACUAAUUCUGAUGCGCAAAAGGGCAGCUCUGCAAAACCUGUAGAAGCCAGUAAGAAUCAGGUGCUGACUCAGGAAAGUCAAGUGAGAGACAGUCAACCAGCAGCUACUGAAUGCGAUAAUACUGAUUUACUUCCAGGAGACAUAGAUGAUUAUGACACAAUGGCACAAACCUGCAUGUAUGAACAUCGGCCUUCAAAAACCCUUUCUCCAAUAUAUGAGAUGGAUGUUGGAGAAGCAAUUGAGCAGAGGAUGGAUUCAGAAACAGCAGAUCUAGAGAUGGAUUUUGAAGAUCAACAGUUUGCAGAACAGGACUGGACUCUACUCAGGCAAUUGCUAUCUGAGCAGGACUCACAUAUAGAUUUCAAAAACUCUGUUCCUGAAGACCUUAACUUAGCACAAUGUCUUAUCAAUCAGACACUCUUUCUGGCACGAGAUGGUUCCAAUCCUCAGGGUACCUCCCAGGUUGACACAUUCAGCAGGUGGACUGAGCUCAUGUCUCCACUUGACGACUCCUCAGCAAGCAUUACAGUGGCAAGCUUUUCAUCUGAAGACUGCUCGUCCCCUCAAGGGGAAUGGACAAUUCUUGAACUGGAAACCCAUCAUUAAGGUUUCAGCUCUUUGCAACUGAACUCCAACCCAUUCCCCAAAUCUAUUUUUGAUGAGUUGUUUCCAUACCAUAAUGAAAUACUGCAUCAGUCAAGAACGAGCAAUUCUUGAUAUUGAGGCAAUCUUUCUGAUAAAAUGAGGUAAAUAUGUUAACUUAUCAUCUAGAUUUAAUCACAAGUACAAUAAUUUUUCAAGACUUAAAUGUAUGUCUUUUCUAAAAAUGAACUUGAGCAUGUAUUUUCUAGAAUUGUUAGAAAAACUAGAUAACAUGAAGGAAAACUCUGGGUUUCUGCCCUCCCUUUUAUCUUCUUUUUUGAGAUUUUCUGUUCUCAUUGACCACCAAUUUAAAGAUGAAUGCACUAUAGUAGACCUAUUCCUCUCCUUCCCCCCCCAAUAUGGUGACUUCAUUUUACAACAAUAAAGAUUCAGAAUGGUUGUGUCAAAAGAUGAUGUGUGCCAACACUGCUUUAAAUGACAGAAAAACAUACUUAUAUUCGAAGGAAAUGUUUCAAUCUGAAUCUGCCUUGGACCAUGUUAAUACGAGCAGCUUGUUUCAUCUGUUUCUUCCAGAUUUGAUUUUUGUAUUUUGGUUUGUUUUGUUUAGAAGUUUUCAAUAAAUUUUUUAAAUUGCCUUUUCUUCAAAUCUAAGACUUCACAGGGUCUGUGCUGUACAAAGACCACUGUUUCUUUCAUGAAAAUGCACAUAUUUAAGUAAAUAUUUUAAAUGGCAUAGUGCAUGAAUUCAAAGGAGUUGGUAGAAUGUUGCUCCUGCUCUAAGAAACAGCAUGUCUGAUGUCUCCAACAGUACAUCUGAAUCUGAAGUUGUGGUCAGUGUUACAUCUGAAGUCUGAUGUUAACUAGAAUUACCUUCAGGCAUUAAUUAAUUAUACUUGCACUUUCUCAUGCUGAAGUAUAGCAAGAUUCUCAAGAAUUUGGUUUUGUGUGUUUCCAUAGAUGCCACAUUUUUGGGAGUGGUAAUAGGAUCUUCGUUAUUAUCUCUAGCGUAGCUUUUAUAAAUUGAGACUAAAUGUCAUCAUAACCUUUCUUUUGACUCAGAGUGAAAUAGGAUAUAGAGAUCAUUUUGCUGCUUUUGGCUCUUUGGAUGUGGAUAGGACUGAUUAUUGUCUUUUCUGAUUGACAGGGGAGGAAGGAGUGAGAAACUUCUUGUAAUUCUUCCCUAGACAGAACUCCUGAAACAUACAGGGCUUUUUCCCCUGCAAAGGUUGGAACCCCUUAUAUCUGCAUUAUGGAAACAGUAGUGCAUGUCUUUCACACAGCUUAAAAUCUCAAAAGGAAGUAUUCUACCUCCUCUUAGUCAUUAACAGAAGUGCCUUCAGGAGUGGGUGCCAUACAGGAGUAAAAGGCUAACUAACAUUCUAUUCUGGUUGAAACUAUAGAAGUACACAACUUAAGCUGACUGUAACCACUGAUGGCACGGUCAGUUCUGCAAGCUUUUGCACAAUUCCAGCAGUGCACCUUAACUUGACAAACUUCAUUUCUUUUUGUUCAUAGUCAGAAACUCAGUUCUGUGGAAAUAUGAACUUGCCCUAGUGUAUGAUUAAAGAAGUUAUGACUUUGGAUUUGACAGAAUAAAGAUACUUGAGGCAAAAUAAUUUAUCUAGCAAGGCACUUUGUUGAAUUUCUGAUACAUAAGUAAAAGUAAUGUUUUAUUCUCAAAAUGAAUGGAGGAAGAAAUUUCUCUUGUUCUUUAAUAUCAAGGUAAGGGGAAAAAAGGAAAACCUUCCUUUCUCUUUAUGUCAGUGGAAGACUCUAAACUCGUGGAAGGAAGAUGUUCAGUCUCAUCAUAAAAAUCUUUCAUCUGCUCUUUUAACAGCAGGAUAAAUAGUCUGAGAUAUUGUAAUUCAAAAUAUUAUAAAUGUAAUACUCUGUAUUUAACCCAGUCUUCAUAUUGAGGGAGUUAGAACCACCUUUAGAAGUGCAAAACAUCAAGAAAACCUAUUUUUCACCUUCAGCAUUUACAAGGUACAUCAGUAGGUGAUAAUCUUUUGGGCAAAACAGAGAACUGUAGUAUUGGCCAUAGUAAAGGAUGAAGCUCAAGAGAAGCUCUUACAGAAGGCCAAGGAAUAGUGUUUUUUAAUGUCUGUGUAAAGCACUAAAGUAAAAGUUGUCUGUCAAAAAGUUUAAUCAGCUUUAAAAUCCUGAUGUUAUUCUGACAGUGGGCAUUCUCAUGUUAAACAAGAUGAAGUGAUGGAAAGGAAAAGUGACAGAAAGUGAAAGAAGGGAUCCUUUUGUCUAUUUUUUGCUUUGCCUAUAUUUUUAACUUCUUACUGAAUUGAUAAAGUGACACUGAAAAUUGACACAAAAAUUCAAGCGUAUUGUAUGAAAUACAAUCACAUAUAGGGUUUUUUUAAUUGUGGUUUUUGUCUUUGCAUUUACUUUUUUUAUUUGCUAAUUUACUUUAAAUUAGCUUCUCUCUUCAAGUCCUCAAUGCUGUUUUUGCAAUUCCUUUACCAGUUUUGCAGCAGCCCGCUGAUUAGGAUAUGGUAUUGUUCAGUUGGUACAGAGGCAGCCAUAGAAUUCAGCUUCCCACAGGCAGAUAGUGUCUGUAGGAGUAGCAGGAAUAGAAAGUGGUAUUGUUUUUAAUUCGCCUUACUAGAGCGCCUGUGAGGCUUAAUCAGACCAGCAUCCCACUGGCUAGACAUUGUACAAACAAAGAGCAAAAACAAAGACUGCCCACAGAGUGGUUAGAAUCCAAGAUAAGACAAAAGACAAAAAAAAAUGCACAUGAAUGGAAAAGUAAAAUGAGAGUGUCAAUAUUUGUCUAGCUGAUUAGCAAUGGUUUCAGCACAUCAUCAGUUUAAAUAGUCAUUUUUUUCUCCUGUAUGCAUUAGGAGAAGGGGAAACUUUAGGGUGAAACUUGAAGGCUGGAUAACGAGGGAGCUGGAAGAAUGUAUAAUCCUGACCAGCUUUAUGUGCUGCCUAAACUGUUUGACCCUGACCUCGUUCAAGGGAAUGUUCCAGCUUUAAGCCAGGUGUAGGUAGCUAUUUGUUUAAUAGUAUCAGUCACCUGAGUUCUUUGGAGUCCUUCUCAGACCUCCUGGCAAUACAGUGAUUUUAUCACUGUAUUUGCCUCUUCUCUAAGAAAGACCUCUAAAGCAAAGACAAGGUAGAUAGAUACAUCUGAGGAAACAGUGAAGGGGUGUCAGUGAGGAAUCUAAAAAGAUGGCACAGUCAUAAUACUCCCCUUGCAGUAGUAUUUGGAAUAAGAGCAGUGAAAUUGCUUUGUCAAAGCCUGAGAAGACCAGGCUGCAGUUAACAGGAGCAAGUGACAGCUUACCUGAGAUUGUUCUGUGAAGGGACAAAGAUGGCUGUAUCCUUCAGAGAGUAACCCCACAUUCAGUAAACUAUCAGUGAAAUUUAAAGGCAAAGACUUGGCAAUCAGUCUCAGAUAAUGACCCUGAUUUGGCCUACCUUGAAUGACACGUUAUAAAAGUGAAAAAUAAGGAAAGAUGUUUUACAUGUAUGAAUGUACUAAGUUUAAAAAAAAAAACCUAGACCUUCAAAAGUGGUAUCUGUAGGUAUAAUUACUUUUUUUUCACUUAGAAAGUUAGAGUCUAAUCUGGACUGGAGAAGCAACCCUGCAGGGUUUUUAUGUACAGACAAUAGCUAAAAUUGUAUUUGUGGAGUAAGUCACCAACAGACAUACUGCAGACAGGAAAGGGAAGGCCAGGCACUUGGAACUGUACAGGAAAGGCAGGAGGGGGAAAGUUCUUCCAAAUAAUCUAUUAAAAAAAUAAAUUAGGGAAGUAAAGGAAAUGAAAAGAUGGAGGCAGGAGUCCAAUGAGGAUGAGAGGAUUUAAGGAAAACUACACCACUGGCUUCACUGAACAUAGCCCACAAGGCAGAUGAGUAUAAAAUGCCAGUUUUGAAGUUGAUUAGGAAAGUGUUCCUAGGGGCUAUGGUCAAAAUGAGAGAUUUGCCAACAGAGCCAAAGGUAACAGACAGCAGUUUGGUAGAGCCUGUCAGAACUGCAGGAAGGAAACUGAGCCUAACCACUAAGAGAGAAACGACAGAAAAGCAGACCAGUUAAUAAUAUCUUUUGGUUUGCUUCUUCAAUGCAUGAGAUUAUACCAUGUUUAUGUAGUGUAGCAAAAGAAAUGCAGAGGCUGAGACAUACAGUGAAGAUCAGAAGAGAUAAGUAAGCAUGAAAUGAGAUCAGCAGGCAGUCUGGACUGCUACAAGUGAUUAGAUAAGUGCAUAAAAAACCCAGACGACUGCUUUUGUGGUAUAGGGGUAAUGGAAAGGACACUUCAUAAAUUCUUAAGUUUUUCCCUUAGAAAAGCUUCAUCCAGAAUCAAAGAAUUACAGAAAAAUCAUAGCAAUACAGGAAAAUGUAGGCAUGAACUGACCUCUAAAGGUCUGUAGUCCAACCUCCUACUAAAAGCAGGGGUAACUUCAAAGAUAGAUGGGGGUCUUAGGGCCUCAUCAACAUCCAUAGCAUAUAAAAUGAUAAUAAAGUCAGCAGGCAGAAACACAAUGCUCAUGGGAAACAGAUAUAAACUAUUUUCAUUAUUAUAAAACUACUUUGUGUGUCAUUGGAAAAUAUUAAUAAUUGAGUACAAGAAAUAUGGCUAGCUUGCAAUAUUUUUAAGUUCUGGAUGAUAUGUGACUGAACUGUUCAUGUUUAAUAAUCUUCUAACAUACUUUUUAAGGUUUUUAAUUAUUUCAAUAUUGUACUCAAUUUUUGAGAUGGCAAAUUUUAUUAUUAUUUUGCAAGAACUAGGGCUAGAGAACUUCCUAUGUUUCUCCCUAAGACUGUCCCUAGGAUGUGUUCCCCUAGCAUUGUCUAUCAGUUUGUUUCAGGGAAUAUGAUUUUUUUAAAAAAUCACAUGCCUGUUGUAGGUACAUACUGUAGGAGACUAUUUUAUAUAUAUUUCAAUAUACAUUACUGCCAUCUGGAAAAUAGUAAGUAGCAUGCUAAUUCUACUUUGCUCCAGAAAACCUAAACCUUUGCAUGAAGGAAUUAAGAACUGCUCUUAUGACGUUCAUCUGUUGCUGACAACCAAGAUAUUCAGGAAUUCAUUAUUUUGCUUUCACUAAUGUCAAAAAA